AUGACCAUGAUAAAUUGCAGUGUACAAGGAGAAUACAACCAAUGCUACUUCCUUGAUAGAAAUCCACCGCGACCACUUUCGGUCUUGAUGAAUCCGAGUGGGGUUUUAUCGAUCGUUGCAAUUGUGCUCCUUUCGCUACCAGCUGCAGAUCUGAGCAUCAUUAAGUCACGCCAAUCUCUGAUCGAAUCUUCUACUCGGCUACCGUGUAAUGUCGCAACUCGGUUCGCGAAAAGCCCAGCUAAGGCCGCCAACUCACUACGCAAGAAGAUCGCGGAAGUCGAUCAGGCCAACCUCGAUCUUGUGGACUUUGCUUCGGAGGCGAGUAAAGAUCCACAUUUGGUUUUCAAUCGUUUGAAUUCUUUUUCUCUUUCAUUUUCUUCUAUUAGUCGUGCUGCCUCUGCCCUUCGUGGCCAGUUGGAGAAAGCCGAAGAGUUUGCUCGGCAGAAUCCUGACGAGCAUGGAGAGUUCCCUUUCCUCUCCGACAUCCAUACUCAUUGGGAAACCGGUGGGAUGGAUGAUCUUCUAGAGGAGGCGGAUGCUCUUCUUGUUCGCUUGGAUUCGGCGAUCAGACUUCUUCCUAUUUUGGGAGGCCUUCAGUCUUCUGUUCCAUCUGUUGCUCCAUCCUUGCCGCGCAGUUCUCCUCCCCAUAAUACCCAAGAUUCUGCGCCAACCCCUCAACACGCGCAUCAGGCGGAAGUGGAAGUACGCAGCCAUUCUCCGUCGCAUCAUGGUCGUCCAUCUGACCCAACCGCGCCUGUUGACCAGCGUCCCCCUGCGAGCCAUACUGGCGCGCAUCCCUCGGGCGGAUUUGGCUUCCCCUCGGGUAACCCUCCCUCGAAUCCCACCCACUUUUCGCAAUCUCCAUCUGGGCUUCCAAAUUCUUUGCCAAAUCCUUUUUCGCAUGACCUUCAAGCCUCAUCCUCUUCAUCCCUUAACCCCUUUUUGCCCUUGGAGCAACCAGUGAAGUUGCCUUCUUACGAGAUCCCAACCUUCAGCGGCGAUAUCGAGGCAUUCUCCGAGUUUUGGGAUAUCUUUUCUACAGCCGUGCAUAAUAACAACACCGUGCCGGCAGCAGUCAAGUUCAUGUACUUGAAGUCGGUCCUUAGAGGAGAUGCUGCUCGGAUUAUCGCAGGCUUCAAACCAACGGCGAAGAAUUACGACACUGCAGUACGCACCAUUCUGAGCACGUACGAUCGUCCUGAGAUUCUGAGAAGUCGAUUGUGGGACAAGUUGUCGCAGCAGUCACCGGCGUCAGACUCUGCAAUUUCGCAACGCGCUACACUUUGCGCGCUUCAGGCAACUUGGUACCAGAUGAAGGAGUUGAACGAGGAUUCCAGCUCGAUCGCUACGUUGAGAACAAUCCGAUCUAAGUUUCCCUGGCGUACACGCGAGAAAGUUGGCGAACUGAAAGGCAAAAGUGACACUAUGUGGACAGUGGACGAGCUGUUGUCAGCUCUCAGCACGGUUAUUGAUAGACUGCAAGUGGUAGAGGACUCCGAUCCAGCAGGUCAUCGCGCUUAUAACUCGGAUUCCACAGUUCGUCAGCAUUCUCCUUCCCCGUACAGGUAUCCCGGCACGAGUCAGCCGUACAUGAGGUACCCACCGUAUCAGCAACAACCAGCUUACCCACGUUACGCGCGUAGCUCGCGCUCACCAUCACCAAGAUACCGUGACGUCACUUAUAGACCUCCGACUCCUUAUUACCCACGGCGCACAUCUCGUAGCCCUGUCAGACCCCAGUACACUACAUCAUGGGAGCCUCGGUGUGCCUUCUGUUUCCGUCAAGGACAUCCUUCGGAGUGUUGUAGGACAGUGUCCGACGUGCAACAGAGGAGAGAGCUCGUCAACCAGUAUAGACUGUGUUGGCUGUGUCUCGAAGAAGGUCACACGUUCAACAUCUGCAGAGCCCCAGCGUGCAGAUACUGUGGCAGAUUACAUCAUCCAGCUUUGUGUGCUACAUUACCAUCAGCGCCCUAUUCGUCCUACCCACCUGCGCAAUUUCGUCAGCGCACUCCUUCACCUAGACGCGUACAGUUUGAGACGACAGCGCACCCUUCACCAUCUCGCACCCAGUACGCGAGUCCGCGCACUUCUCCUUCGCGUCGACCUACACUCAAAGCGCCGUCUCCAUCUAGGCGUCAGUCACGUUCCAACUCUAGACGCGCUACUCUUCCUCGAAGAUCUUCAAGCGCGUUUCUCGCUGUGCAAACUUCCACCUGCACUCCAGUCGCGCAUGAUUCCAUCCAGUCAGAUGAGCCCAUAGAGUUGCUCGACCAACAUGAAGCUAGCGUAGGGCCACAUUCACCUUCAUCUUGCACUUCUGUGUGCCGAGCUGCUUCCGCAACUCAGGUUCCUCGUCUAAUGGUGGUUCAUGCUAUAACCCGGAAUCUUAAAACUAGUAUGGAUGAACUGCUUACUGUCUUCCUCGAUAGCGGUUCGCAGUAUAGUUUUAUCUGUACCUCGCUGGCCUACCAUCUCGGCCUGACUUUCAAGAAUACAAGGACUGUCACGACUCUGACCUUCGGGGGACACCAGUUCACUGAAGACUCGUCAGAAGUCACACUCACGUUAUGGGACCAGCUCGAUCCUCCAAUUCAACUCCAGCUUUGGACGCGCGAUACCAUCACAACGGUCCCGAAGACGAACAACAUGGAUGAUACGAAUAACACCUAUAUGGACGAUAGAGUCGAAGUCGAUGUACUCAUUGGAAUAGAUAACUACUGGCGCGUUGUGGACUUGCAUAGGAAUGAGAAGCUUCCAUCAGGUCUCAUUCUGUCCCACACUCGCUUCGGACCAGUUCUAUCAGGUCUUAGUUAUCCAGUAGUAUCGGAGAUCACUAGCUCGGCAACGACUCUACUUAACGAUGACGCGCCAGGAACGGAACAGCUUUUACGAAGUCUCCUCGGCCUAGACACACUCGGAUUAGACGAUUCAGAUGUAUCACUAGAUGCCGACGUCAUCAGGCAGUUUUACGAUAGUGAAAUCAGCGGCUUUCAGUUGAGACUACCUCGUUUCGUAGGAUAUCCAUCUGCCAACGCGUACGACCUUGUCAUCUGUUCAGACGCGUCGAAACGAGUGUAUGCUGUAGCAGUCUACGUUGUGACGCGCACGUCCACCUAUAGUCCCAGUUCCACUCUACUCUUUGCUAAGGCAAAGUUAGCACCAUCGGGCGCGAUCACUAUCCCGCGCAUGGAACUCUUGGCGUGCCACAUGGCUGCAAAAACAGUACGUUUCCUGAAAAGCCAGCUCAAGAUUCGCUUCAAUUCCAUCAGAUUCCUGACUGAUUCUCAGAUAGUACUGUACUGGAUCUACUCUGAUAAGUUGCUCAAGACUUACGUCGCCAACCGUGUCAAGUACAUCAGACAGGUUCUCGACGAGCUUAAGUCUGACAACAUCGACUGUGGAUUUUACUACCUGGCUACAGACGUUAACCCGGCUGACUGCGCCACCCGUGGACUCACAGCUAGAGAGCUCGAAAACCACAUUUGGUGGAGCGGUCCAUCGUUUAUCACGACUUCGUUUGCUGACUGGCCGUGCAAGUCCUUCAACCCUUCUUUCGAUCCACCUGCAGGAGGAGAUUCUGAAGAAUUACGGACGACCACAGCACUAGUAACUUCAGCCAAUACCAUCAUGGCAUCCUACCAGUCCUUUGUACCGUUUAGACGGACCAAUUCCUACAUCCGACUCGUCCACAUCACAGCCUACGUCCUGAAGUAUGUAGCCAAGCUACGCCGUUUAGUAAGGACGCGCCACAGCCCUGAUGAUUCCGACGAGCAUCCCCUAUUCGGCACAAUAGGCACAAGUCCCAUUGUAACACCGGGUGACUUCUCAGCUGCUGAGUUGAUCGUUAUCCGCGAGCAUUACCGCGAGGUUCCUCAGCAGUUACACGGCUUUCAUCUGAAGAAACUCCGCACAAGGCAAGAAGGAGAUGGUACGAUACACGUGGACUUACGUAUGGCGAACGCAGAGACGAGCGAGACGGCGAAGAGCCCGAUCCUCAUACUCUCAGGUCAUCCCCUUUGCGCCAUGCUAAUAGCUUACUACCAUCAGAAGCUAUUCCAUGCCGGUACUUCCCAUUUGAUCGCAGCCUUACGCGAGAGGUUCUACAUUCCCAAGCUCAAACGUAUGGUUAAAUCGGCUAUUGCUAACAUGCCUCAGAAGAUCGAGACGUUGUCGCGCGACAACUACGAAUCCCUGAAGACGCAGUACCGGCUCUUGCAGACUGAUCUUGAUUAUUUCUGGGAUAUAUGGCACAAGGAAUACCUUACCGCGCUCGCAGAACGACAAGCGUCGCGCACUCAGAAGAGCUCCGUCUGUCCGGUCUGCUCGUGCGAGCGACCAAAGAAUUGUAUCCCGGUAGAAGAUAGAAUAUGCAUGAUCCAUUGUCCGGAACUACAGAAGGUCGGUACAGAAGCAAUCACAUUUCGAAGUGAAGAUAUUUUUCAUCAAACUUGGCCAUUUGAAAAAUUUUUAAGCUGACUUGUACAGCGACGAUAACAAAAUACAUUCUCAUUCAAAAAUUUAUUGCUGUAUUGUAAUCAAGCUUUAGUGAAAGAAGAC